GAAGAAUGGCCUCAGCUCUUGAUAGAAAACAAAUGAGAGAAAAUAGACCACACAGUUCGAGCCUUUUGAACACUCCAAUCCGUUAUGGAGCCGAUGUCAGAGAUUGAUACAUUGUAAACGUGGGGACUGCUCGUCACGUCCCGUAAAGGGUUAAAUGGCUUUCUGUCCUCAGAGCGGUAGCGGUAGUCGGUGGGUAGAUCUCGUAGCGCAGAGCUGGUGGACAACGACGACGUCUCGCUACAACCGACAAUCACUCAACUUCUCCAUUCACCCGGUAACAAACAAUGGCGGAGCGACGGGCUAACCCUACACCGAACACGAGUGUGACAGCGCUCGAUCUACCAUUUGACGCGUGAGGAGAGAAGCAGCGCUACGGGGAGAGAUGGAACAGCCGAACCCAGUAACGGAGAAGCCCAGCAAGGCGAUGGAGUACCUGACGGAACUCAACAACAUCAUAGACACCCAACAGGAGCUGUUGGAGAUGCAGAGAGUUCGUAUCGAGGACUUGGAACAACAAGUAACGGAUUUAUGUUCUGAGAACGCGUGUUUGAAAGACCAACGCAAAAGGAACCUGGCCACCUGCCGCCUCCAACAGUGCAACGGCCUCCCGGUGCUUACGUUAGGGGCCAUCAAGGAGAAUGUCAUACAAGAGAAGAGGCACCAUGCAUCUCUACCUUUAGAGGAGACAGAAUGCCUUCUGACCCUGGUAGCACCUCUCUGUAGAAGAAGUCAUCCCUGUCGACCAUGGAAGUCAUCUUUUGGUGUAGAAGGUGAGGAGGCUUGUGAUGACGAGGUGGGCGGGUCUUUAGACCAAUACAGUCGAAGCAUCCCUCUAGCCCACAGUAUCGACGGUACCGGACAGGACCGCUUCGACGGUGGGCAUCUCUUCAGCCACGUGGUGUUGCCAGGGCAACCACGGCCCAAGCUGCAGCACAGCCAGUCCAUCCUCAGGAAGCGGGCCGAGGAGAAGGCAGUCAAAUGCUCCCGAUCCCUGUCUGAGAGCUAUGAGCUGCCAGCCGACCUACAGGACAAAACGGUGGAGAUGCUGGAGCGUAAGUAUGGAGGCCGUUUCAUAACGCGACACGCGGCCCGCACCAUCCAGACAGCCUUCCGCCAGUAUCAGAUGAACAAGAACUUUAAACGUCUCCGCAGUUCCAUGUCCGAGAACCGCAUGUCCCGACGUAUCGUCCUGUCCAGCAUGAGGAUGCAGUUCUCCUUGGAAGGCCCUGAGAAGGUUCACCAGUCCUCCUCCCUCACCGACAACGGAACCAAACACCUGGGGGCCCUGGUCCAAUCAGGAUGUAGCGCUGACGUGGGGGGUGUGGUCCAAAGUACUAUGAAGUCACCUGUGGUGGCCCAGAACUCUGGCUUCACCGACGCUAUAACGGAGCUGGAGGACACGUUCUCCCGUCAGGUCAAGUCUCUGGCCGAGUCGAUAGACGAUGCUCUGAAUAGUAGGAGUCUGCACAGGGAGGAGGGGGGGGCAGGAGAGACGAGGCAAGGGGGGAGAGGACACCUCGACCUGGACGAAGACCAAGACAGAGAGCUGUUCUCCUACCAGGUCAAACCCUCCUCACACAGCAGCGCGGAACACCACAAACUGGAUGAGAUGACAGCAUCAUACAGCGAUGUGACUCUCUACAUCGAUGAGGAAGAGCCGUCCCCUCCUCUUCCUCUGUCUCAGUCCCUGGACCAUUCCUACUCUCCUCUCCCCCUGUUUCAGUCCCUAGAGCGCCCCUACACCCCUCUACCAUCGGUAGACCGGCCCUCCUCCAAAGAGUCGGAGCUGCGUUUGCGUUCUCUCUCCUGGUCUCUGGUCCAUAAGGAUGAUAAAGGUCAGGGGUCAGACGCCUCCUGCCGCAGCACACCCUCCCUGAAGCAGCAAGAGCAGAGGCUUAGGGUCGACCACCUCCCGCUGCUGAGUAUCGAGCCGCCCAGCGACAGCUCCGUGGAGCUCAGUGACCGUUCCGACCGCUCCAUUCUGAAGAGACAGAACGCCUACGAUCGCCAGCCCAUUAGUCACCCAGCCAGCCCCAAACUUCCCCCUCCUCACCCCUCCUCCUUGUCUCACCCCCGUUGCCUGCACCCCAAGGGAACCUCAUGGGAUGAGGAUGCUCCCCGCCACCGGCCACGCGCACUAGAGGCCCACCUGGCCAUCAACGGGAUGGCUAACCGGCAGAGCAAGUCAGAGUCGGACUUCUCAGAUGGGGACAAUGACAGUAUCAACUCUACAUCUAACAGUAAUGACACUAUUAACUGCAGCUCUGAGUCCUCCAGUAGAGAGCAGACCCUCAGAAAACAGACCUAUCACAAAGAGACACGCAACAGCUGGGACUCACCAGCCUUCAGUAAUGAUAUCAUCAGGAAGAGACACUAUCGCAUCGGACUAAACCUGUUUAACAAGAAGCCAGAGAAGGGUUGUCAGUACCUGACUGAUCGAGGGUUUGUCCCAGACACUCCAGUGGGAGUGGCUCACUUCCUGCUCCAGAGGAAGGGCCUGAGCAGGCAGAUGAUUGGAGAGUUCUUGGGGAACAGGCAGAAACAAUUCAAUAGAGACGUCCUGGAUUGUGUGGUGGACGAGAUGGAUUUCUCGGCCUUGGAACUAGACGAGGCUCUCAGGAAGUUCCAAGCCCACAUCCGAGUCCAGGGAGAGGCCCAAAAGGUGGAAAGACUCAUAGAAGCAUACAGUCAGAGGUACUGUAUCUGUAACCCCGGGGUGGUACGACAGUUCCGUAACCCCGACACCAUCUUCAUCCUGGCGUUCGCCAUCAUCCUCCUCAACACUGACAUGUACUCUCCCAACGUCAAGCCAGAGAGGAAGAUGAAGCUGGAGGACUUCAUCAAGAACCUCAGAGGUGUGGAUGAUGGAGGGGACAUCCCACGGGAGAUGCUGACAGGUAUAUAUGAGAGGAUCGGGAAGAGAGAGCUGAAGACCAACGAAGAUCACGUCUCUCAGGUCCAGAAGGUCGAGAAACUCAUUGUUGGGAAGAAACCGAUUGGUUCUCUGCACCAUGGUCUAGGCUGUGUUCUGUCCCUGCCACACCGCAGGCUGGUGUGUUACUGCAGGUUGUUUGAGGUUCCAGACCCCAACAAGCCUCAGAAACUGGGUCUGCACCAGAGAGAGAUCUUCCUCUUCAAUGACCUGGUGGUGGUGACAAAGAUCUUCCAGAAGAAGAAAAACUGUGUGACAUACAGCUUCAGACAGUCCUUCUCCCUUUAUGGGAUGCAGGUGCUGCUGUUUGAGAACCAGUACUAUCCCAACGGUGUGAGGUUAACAUCGGCGGUUCCCCGAGCGGAUAUCAAGCUUUUAAUCAACUUCAACGCUCCCAACCCUCAGGACAGGAAGAAGUUCACUGACGACCUGAGAGAAUCCAUCGCUGAGGUCCAGGAGAUGGAGAAAUACCGCAUAGAGUCGGAGCUUGAGAAGCAGAAGGGCGUGGUCCGUCCCAGCCUAUCACAGAGCUCGGGGCUGAAGAAGGACUCUGGGAACGGCCAAUUGGGUCGCGGCAGCCUUGAUGACAACUACGCCAUGGGGGAGGGGCUAAAGAGGAGUGCCCUCAGCAGCUCGCUACGAGACCUCUCAGAUGCAGGUAAGCGUGAGCGCCGCAGCAGUGCUGGAUCACUAGACAGCAAUACUGAAGGCUCCAUCAUUAGCCACCCCAGUCCCCACAUGAGACGCAGAGCCACGUCUUCCCGAGACAGAGGCGGUCCUUCCAGAGGACACUCCGCCCCCACCACCUCUUCCCUCCUGGGCUCAUUGUUUGGAACCAAGAGGUCCAAGUCCCCCUCCCUGUCCCCCCAGCACCCCACCCUCAACUUCCGUACCGCGCAUCCCUCCAACCAACACCAGACGGCCCAGAGCCAGGCAGAUACACAGGCCCAGUUGCUUCAAGGAGCCCAGUACUGCCAGAACCCUCCACCCUACCACCACCACCACCACUACCACCCCCCUGCCCCUGGGUCUGCCCCCUCCUCCUCUCAUCCUCCUCCCCCUCCUCACCACCACCCACUGCCUCCCACCCCCAAUCCAUCCUCCACCAAGACCAAACACAGCGGCAUCAGCACUGUGGUUUAAGGACAGAAACGCCCAGAGACACACACACACACAGCUCCUAGAGACAGACUAGGGACGGAUGAAUGGCAGGACCUCUGGUUAGAGCUCCUGUCCCCUACAGGACCUACAAGAGACAAUGGGGACAGAUGUCUCUGACUGGUGACCGGGACAUGGUUGUUUGGAUUGACAUUAUGGAUAUCUAGACUGAAUUCUCAGCGAGAGACGCUCCAAGGGAGAGGGAGAAGAGGAGGUUCCAUGGCCUAGCUCUGGUGUCCUCCAGUUGACUGGGUCUGUCAGGAGUACCUCCCAACUGUCCAUACAACUAAUCGCCACCUUAAGACCGUAGAAACUACAUGUUCCUCUAGACCAGGAAUGGGCAAGUCGAGGCCCACGAGACGCAUGAGCAAUUAAAAAAUAUAUAUAUGUUUGGGGGGAAGGGGGGAACAGUUGGUGUCUCAACUUAUUGUUGAGAGUUAGACUGAUAGAAUACACAAUGGCAAAAUGUGCAGAAUUGGAGGGAAUUAACUUUAGAUUGAUCCUUUAGUACAACUGAUUUAACUAGACGCGUUCCUCUAGACUGAUCCUUUAGUACAGCUGGGUUAACUAAAGAUGCGUUCCUCUAGACUGAUCCUUUAGUACAGCUGGGUUAACUAAAGAUGCGUUCCUCUAGACUGAUCCUUUAGUACAGCUGGUUUAACUAAAGAUGCGUUCCUCUAGACUGAUCCUUUAGUACAAAUGGUUUAACUAAAGACGCGUUCCUCUAGACUGAUCCUUUAGUACAGCUGGUUUAACUAGACGCGUUCCUCUAGACUGAUCCUUUAGUACAGCUGGUUUAACUAAAGACGCGUUCCUCUAGACUGAUCCUUUAGUACAGCUGGUUUAACUAAAGACGCGUUCCUCUAGGCUGAUCCUUUAGUACAGCUGGUUUAACUAAAGACGCGUUCCUCUAGGCUGAUCCUUUAGUACAGCUGGUUUAACUAAAGACGCGUUCCUCUAGGCUGAUCCUUUAGUACAGCUGGUUUAACUAAAGACGCGUUCCUCUAGGCUGAUCCUUUAGUACAGCUGGUUUAACUAAAGACACGUUCCUCUAGGCUGAUCCUUUAGUACUGCUGAUUUAACUAAAGACGCGUUCCUCUAGGCUGAUCCUUUAGUACAGCGGGUUUAACUAAAGACGGGUUCCUCUAGACUGAUCCUUUAGUACAGCUGAUUUAACUAAAGACGCGUUCCUCUAGGCUGAUCCUUUAGUACAGCUGAUUUAACUAAAGACGCGUUCCUCUAGACUGAUCCUUUAGUACAGCUGGUUUAACUAAAUACGCGUUCCUCUAGACUGAUCCUUUAGUACAGCUGAUUUAACUAAAGACGCGUUCCUCUAGGCUGAUCCUUUAGUACAGCUGGUUUAACUAAAGACGCGUUCCUCUAGACUGAUCCUUUAGUACAGCUGAUUUAACUAAAGACGCGUUCCUCUAGACUGAUCCUUUAGUACAGCUGGUUUAACUAAAGACGCGUUCCUCUAGACUGAUCCUUUAGUACAGCUGGUUUAACUAAAGACGCGUUCCUCUAGACUGAUCCUUUAGUACAGCUGAUUUAACUAAAGACUCUAGGCUGAUCCUUUAGUACAGCUGAUUUAACUAAAGACGCGUUCCUCUAGACUGAUCCUUUAGUACAGCUGAUUUAACUAAAGACGCGUUCCUCUAGACUGAUCCUUUAGUACAGCUGGUACAGCUGAUUUUAAAAUUAUAUCUACAUUAUUUAUUUAUUCUCCUUACAAGCAACAUAAAGCACGUCAACACCAUGGCUAUUUAAAAUAUACGUCUAUCUAAAUCUUUAUCUAUUUUCUGUUUUAUAUCAAUCAAGGAAUUACUGGGAAUAUUUAUCACAUAUAUUAUUACUUGCCUACUAGUGUUGGCAGAAGCAGAAGAUGUGUCUCCAUAGUAACAACCUGACUCUAGAAUGUGUAGGCCAACAUGACAGUCAGUUUAUAGACUAGCAGCGGUUCCAGUGUUGUAAUACAGCCCAGCCGUAGGUGUCAUUUCACUGUGAUAUUGACAGCUCAUUGCCUGUACAAUAACAGACAUAAAUAACUGUGCCAAUUAUUAAAGCAUUGACUAAUUUAGUCACUUUGCUUUGUGUA